AUUUACAUAGGGCCCCGACUUGCUCUUUCUUAUUGCCUGCAGCACGAUGUUUGUUCAGACUGGGCAUUGUGAAGUGUAAACCCAGGUCCCACUGGCACCAGCACUCACCUCUGCCUUUUCUAGAAGCAGAUCAGUCCAUAAUGCCUGAAGUGCGAGACCUCUCGGAUGCCUUGCCCGACUUGCCGAUGGAUCCCAUCACGGGUGUUGGUGUACUUGCAUCCCGGAACCGAGCACCCACCGGUUAUGAUGUAGUUGCACAAACAGCAGAUGGCUUGGAUGCUGACCUCUGGAAAGAUGGCUUAUUUAAAUCCAAGGUCACGCGAUACCUGUGCUUCACGAGAUCAUUUUCAAAAGAAAAUAGUCAUUUAGGCAACGUCUUGGUUGAUAUGAAGCUCAUUGAUAUCAAGGACACUUUACCCGUGGGCUUCAUCCCCAUCCAGGAGACCAUCGAUACACAAGAAAUAGCUUUCAGAAAGAAGAGACUGUGCAUUAAAUUCAUCCCUCGAGAUUCUACAGAGGCAGCGAUCUGUGAUAUCCGAAUCCUGGGUAGAUCUAAACAAGCCCCUCCUCAGUACACGUUCAUAGGGGAGCUGAACAACAUGGGCAUUUGGUACCGGAUGGGCAGAGUUCCACGCAACCAUGAAUCUUCGCAGCCUGCGACUCCCCCUUCCCAAGCACCAUCUUCCACACCAGCUCCGAACCUGCCCAGGUGA